UGAAAUCAUCAUUUUCAAAUAUUGUGCUUUCAUUGAAAAUCUCGAGUCAUUCUUGAGAAAAAUUCACACGCGAAAGAUGAUUGUGAGUCUAGUAGUGCUAACAGUGAUAUUAAUUUUUCUGAUUAAUUAUCUUGUGGAAAAACGGAAACUCCUCAAAGUGACGUCUCAGUUUCAAGGACCCAAACCACACUUUUUACUCGGAAAUGGCAAAGAAUUUGUGGACAAAGAUCCUGCUGCACUCUUCAAUAAAAUUCUUUCCCUUCACGAUAUAUAUGGAAAGCGUAUAGCACUAUGGGGGUUGUUUAAUGAUGUUGGCAUGAGUUUCAUGGAUCCCAAUGAUGUUGAGGUAAUUGUUUCUGGUACACGAAUAUUGCAUAAAUCAACGGACUAUGACCUAAUAAAAGCCUGGCUGGGAGAAGGACUUUUAAUGUCUUUUGGGAAAAAAUGGGCAACUCGACGUAAAAUAAUUACCCCAACGUUUCAUUUUACAAUUUUGGAGCAAUUUGUAAAAUCCUUCGACAAGCAAACAAAUAUUCUCGUGGAGAAAUUGAUGCCUCACGAUGGGAAGGGUGAUUUGAAUAUUUACACCUACAUCACAUUAACGGCUCUCGACAUCAUCUGUGAAACUUCAAUGGGAGCUGAAAUUCAUGCUCAGGAUCAUCCUGAAAACCCUUAUGUGCAGUCAGUCAAAGCCAUGAGUCGCAUUAUGUUUAUGAGAAUAUUCAGCAUCUUCAGACAUUUUCCUCUACUUUUUCCUUUUACCCCUCUAUUUUGGGAGCAAAGACGCCACCUCAAAGUUCUCCAUGAUUUUACAGCAAAAGUCAUUGCUCAGCGUCGAGAACAAUUGUUUAGAGAACAAUCUAAUCAAUUAAAGAAGGAGUUGAAUAGUGGAAAUGAGAAAAUGAAUGUAGAUUUCUUGAGUCAGCCAAAAGAGGAUGAUUUCAAAGAUCUCUACCUAAACCGCAGUGAAAGUAAAGAAAGGUUGACAUUCCUGGAUUUACUCCUGAAAGCCACAGUCGAUGGAAAACCGUUGAGUGAUGCUGAUAUCAGAGAAGAAGUGGAUACAUUUAUGUUUGAGGGCCAUGAUACAACCACUUCUGGUAUUUCCUUCACACUAUACCAUCUUUCGCAACAUGCAGACAUUCAAGAGAGAGUAUACGAGGAACUUAAGGGGAUAUUUGAGGGUGAAAUGGAGGAGAAUUUGCGGGUGACUUACAGUCAUUUGCAGGAUAUGAAAUACCUCGAGAUGGUUAUCAAGGAGUCCCUCAGGAUAACACCACCUGUCCCAAUGUUUGGUCGGAAGACUACGGAAGACAUUAUUAUAGGUGGUGUGAAAAUUCCAGCUGGUGUAAACGUUUCCAUUUCUGUUUAUUCUAUGCAAAAUUGUGAGGAAUACUAUCCCAACCCAACCAAAUUUGAUCCCGAGAGAUUCACAGCUGAGAAUUCCAAGUACCGACAUCCCUAUUCAUAUUUACCCUUUAGCGGUGGACCAAGAAAUUGCAUUGGUCAAAAGUUUGCCAUGUUAGAGAUGAAGAUGACGAUUUCAAAAAUUUUAAUGAACUUCAAACUCUUGCCACACAACCCAGAAGCGAAAUUGACUCUUCAGGGAGAUCUUGUUCUAAAGCCAGUCAAUGGAGUGUAUUUGAAAGUAGAAAAGCGUAAUAAAGUUUUGUGAUGGACAUGGCCUCCAUAAGAAAAGAAUUAAAGGAGGUGAAAUGAAAUGUGGUGGAAAAAUAUAAGUGGAAUUAUUGCUUUUAAGAGAAAAAUAAACUGUAUCAGACAUUUGCA